GUCGGUCCAUCAAAAACAACGGUUGUGUAUGUCUACGUUUAUUUUAAAAACAUCGUUGUACUCAACCAAGUUCGCCUGUAUUGUUAUGGACUUAUAGUUCGUGACCACAUAACUGUGUUGACGGCACCCCUACGCGACUCAAAUCACUCGAUAUUGAAUAUCGUGCAACACACUUUAAAAGGACAAUUCCGAAUAUUAUAUUAUUUGGAGUCGUUUUUUCAUUAUACACUUUGUCUAUCUUUGUGUAUAAUCCUAAUUCGUUGUCAAGAUGUCUUCGACUUCUGCUCGUUCUUCAGGUUCCAGGCCUUCAUACCGCCUACAAUCACCUAGUCGCAAGGUUACUUUCAGUCAGACUUGUGAAGUAAUUCCUAGAAGCAGUGAAGCUAACUCACAGCAUUCGAAAGAGAACGAGGAACGCGACGACGACAAUGCUACCCUUGAGAUUAUUCUGUUCUUGGUGACUAUUAUACUACCAUUCAUUGGUUGCAUUAUUUUCAUCAAGAGGAAGAACGCCAGGAAGACUUCUCGUCAAUACCAAUGGGCUUACCGUGCUCUCCAGCUCGGUACCUUCCUCUCUGUUGUAUACAGUUUCAUUUUAUGUUCUCUACUUCACCAGUACAAGCUCCAAUCAUCUGAGGGUGACAUUUUGGGUUACUCAUACGUUGAGAUUAAAGAUGCUGUUCAGCCCGCAUCUUGAAUGAACAAAAUUCAUUUUAUAACAUGUAUUAAUCAGUUU